GCCACUCGUAUAAAAUUCGUCGUUUCACCAUUGCUUUUAAUUACCAAAAACCUUCCAUCUACCUCACCACUUACGGGAAACCAACAGCAGCACUGGGAUUGCCCGACCCUGACUUCGAAAAAAUGUUCCGCCGUCGCCCAAAUACGCUUCCUCCAGACCCGGUGUUCGAGCCGGACUUGGGAAAGUUAGGUUUCUUCGUCACUGAACAUGAUCAGAUCCGCAUGAUCAAGAAUCCGGAAGCAAAAUACUUCUUCGGCAUCAACAAGAACGAUAGGAUAAAUUACGCCUAUAGGGACGCUUCCAAUGCUGCUAUCCAAAAAAUCGUUCAAGAUCGGCUGGGGAAACUUGAUCUGGAGACAGUGAGAUUGCCGUUGGGAGCCACCAAAGACGAAAAGCACAUUCCGAUUCUCGUGUCCAAGGACAUUGCGAAGAAAGACCGGGUGAUAGUCUUGUUCGGCGAGCGGAGUCUGACGCCGGGCAUUUUCUCGUGGCGAGUCCUAGGGGAGGAAGGAAUCAACGUUGGUUCAGGUGUCGACUUUGUAACUUCAGCUUUGACCGGUCUCAGACCUUCGCCUGAACAUUCUGCUCCAGGGAUUGUCAUUGCAAAUCCAUGUCAGUUGCUUUGGUACAGAGGGGGAGGACGCGCUGUCGGUGACGCCGAGUGGCUGCAGUUGCCGCGACCGACCGCAGUGAGUGAGGCGAUGAAGAUUGACCCGGUACAGAAUCGAGUGCCCGGAAACGAUACUUUCGAGGCUCACGUGAAGUUUAUGUUUGAGGAGGUACUGUCGAACUUGGUCAACAAGGACGCAAGCAUUGACAUUGUGGGUAUCGAGUUUCCUGGGAGUGCGGCUGUCGAGUAUCUUGCCUCCCAUUGGGAUAAGUGGUCGAAGAGAAUUACAGGCAUCGCCUUGGUGGCUCCGCAGCACAAGAUCAAAGACCUGGAUGCAUCUCCCGACUUCGAAAAGUUCUUAUCCUUGAGGACUAGAGCCUAUUUCGUGGCUCCCGAGAAACUAGAAAUGCCAAUGUCUGGACGGAACGACUAUGGAUGCAACUGCUACGCGAGUGGAGAAGAGUACUACCAGGAGAACGCGAUAGUGAGAAGCUGGAGAAGCAUCCUGGACUGGUUCGACCGGCUGUACGCUGACCCGCAGUUCGAAGAGGUUCCAUUCGACGUGGACGACGGCGAAGGAGCAGAAGAAGUAAAGCUGGGAUGGUGAGCUAAUCUUGUCCUCGAGAUAGACAGGAGCAGAUGAGUCUGAUUAAUGCCUGGUGCUGGCAACGACGGUACGAUG